AUAAUUGUUGUAACAAUGGAUGGCGAGUUUCCGCGAUUAAUUGUGUUCAUCAUUCCUAUAAAUGAUAUCCAUUUUCAUCGAUUGAUCAGUGUAUCCCAAUACUCUUCCAUAGAACUCUGUGUAGAAGAAGUUGAGAGGAUGAAUUUUCUGGUGUUGUCUUGUGUGAUCGCCCUCGCCGGGUUCGCGGCGGCCGAGACGUACACGGAUCGGUACGACCACAUCAACAUUGACGAGAUCAUUGAGAACAGGAAGCUGCUUGUGCCCUACAUCAAGUGUACCUUGGAGCAAGGAAGAUGUACUCCUGAAGGAAGGGAACUUAAAGCUCACAUCAAGGACGCUAUGCAGACUUCGUGCUCGAAAUGCACUGAGAAACAGAAGAAGGGCGCCAGGAAGGUUGUCAAGCACAUUAAGGAGAAGGAACUUGACUACUGGAAACAGAUCGUAGCCAAGUACGACCCCGAAGACCAGUACAGGGAGAACUAUGAAGCUUUCCUUAAAUCAGAAGAUUAAGGAAGAAACUGUUAAAGAUUUUGAUUAGUUGGGAUUUAAAGCAUUCGUAUUGAUGUUAAUAAAAGAUCCAUUUUAAA